AUGGCGAGAAACCUUCGCUCGAACGUGAAUGCUCUCGCCAAUGUCGCCGAUAUCCAGACAUACGAGGAGGCUACCGCGCCGCCUAAGAAGAGGAAGAAGGUGCAGGCACCGCGUUUCCGCUGCUCGAGCUGCAGCACGCUACGCAUGACCAAGUUCUUCCCCAAUUUCAACCCUUCCAGUGAAUGCGAGCACCUCAUCAACACCUGCAUAGCAUGUCUCCGGAAGUGGGUGGAAGCGCGCGUGGAAGGCGGCACCUUCGAGUUUGGAAAAGACGGCAAGAUGUUCGGGGUCAGAUGCCCAGAGUGCCCAGAGGUGAUGCGAGAGGUGAAUGUGCAGAAUGCUGCGACGAAGAAGGUGUUCAAGAGAUUCCAGGAGCUUGAGCGUCGUCACGUCGCGGACACUGUGCCGAAUUGGCGGUGGUGUCUGAACCCCACAUGCAAGGCAGGCCAAGUACACGAGCAACUGCCCGAGCCACGGAAGACGGCCAAGGGAGGGAAGAAUUCAAAGAAGCAGCCAUCGGAUGAGGCUGAGAAGAUUUGCGUCUGCAACGAAUGCGGCCAUCGAGCAUGCGUUCCCUGCGACCGGCCAGAUCACACCCCAGAGACAUGCGCCGACUAUCAAAACCGAAUCAAGGGCCGGACAGACGAGGAUGACAAGUCUCGUGCAAUGCUUUUGAAGAUCUCGAAGCCUUGCCCGCAUUGCAAUAAGCCAAUUCAAAAAUCCGGCGGAUGUAGCAGUAUGAUGUGCGCGGUAUGCCACACGAAUUUCUGCUGGGAAUGCCUCAAGGCAUACACCGCCAAUGGUUGCGGGUGUACCACGCAACAGCAUAUUCGGAACGCCGUCGCCGCCGCUGGCUUGCUUUAA